AAGUUUGUCUGCCUGAGAAGAGCUUCAGUAUAUUGUCCUUUGGAUCCAGCCUUCCACUAUCACAGUUGACAAUGCUGAAACCCACAGACUCACUGGAGCUCAUAUAUUACCUAAACUGUUUAUACAGGGAACCCAGGACAGUUGUACUCCACAAGGGAUCCACCGGCCUUGGCUUCAACAUAGUCGGGGGAGAAGAUGGUGAAGGCAUCUUUGUCUCCUUCAUCUUAUUAGGCGGACCAGCAGACCUUAGUGGAGAGUUGAGGCGGGGUGAUGAAAUCCUAUCUGUUAAUGGCAUUGACCUUCGUGGAGCCACACAUGAACAGGCAGCAGCUGCACUGAAGGGAGCCGGGCAGGUGGUCACCAUUGUUGCUCAGUUCAAACCAGAAGAAUAUGGACAUUUUGAAGCCAAAAUCAAUGACCUUCGAGAACACAUGAUGAACCACAGUUUGUGCACUGAGUCGGGGUAUCUGCAAACCAAUCAGAAGAAAUCACUCUAUGUCAGGGCACUAUUUGACUAUGAGAAGUCAAAGGACAGUGGACUACCAAGCCAGGGGCUGAGUUUCAAGUAUGGUGAUAUCCUUCAUGUUACCAAUGCAUCAGAUGAUGAGUGGUGGCAAGCCUGCCGUGUCACCAGCCAUGGAGACAGCAAGGAGAUAGGAGUCAUUCCCAGCAAGAAAAGAGUGGAACGGAAGGAGCGGGCACGUCUAAAAACUGUGAAAUUUAAUGCCAGUGCAGGACUGUGUGAUUCAAAAGUGGACAUCGUGGGAAUAGGUGAUGAUGGGUAUGGGACAAGAACAUUCAGAAGUCAAGAUGAUGCAAGACUCUCCUAUGAAUACGUGCUACGCCAAGAAGUUGAUUAUGCUAGACCUGUCAUCAUUCUUGGACCCAUGAAGGACAAAAUCAAUGAAGAUCUGAUUGGCGAGUUUCCGGACAAGUUUGGUUCUUGUGUCCCACACACCACAAGGCCAAAACGGAGCUAUGAGGUUGAUGGGCAAGACUAUCUCUUUGUGAUGUCCAGAGAGCAGAUGGAGAAAGACAUCCAAGAACACAAGUUCAUAGAAGCUGGACAAUACAAUGACAAUCUUUAUGGGACCAGUGUCCAGUCUGUAAAACAUGUAGCUGAGAGGGGCAAACACUGUAUUCUGGAUGCCUCUGGAAAUGCCAUUAAACGACUUCAAGUAGCACAGUUGCAUCCAAUAGCCAUCUUGAUAAAACCUAAGUCUGCUGAUUCAUUAAUGGACAUGAAUAAGAAAUUGACUGAGGAACAAGCGAAGAAGAUAUUUGAAAAGGCUGUGAAGCUGGAGAGGGAGUUUGGCGAAUUCUUUACAGCUCUGGUUCAAGGAGACACCUUAGAUGAUAUUUAUCACAAGUCUAAACAAGUCAUUGAUGAACAUUCAGGACCCUACGUCUGGAUUCCAUCAAAUGAAAAAUUAAAAUGACUCAUGACCUUGGAAGGCUGCUGGGAACAAGAUGCAAGCAGUCAUUUCUAAUCCUCUAAAACUGUCAGUUUUACUGUUACUCUUAUUUUAUUACAUUUUUUCCCUCCAUGACUUUUUUUGUUAAUGUCACUUAAA